CAGAAGCGCCUGAAGCUUGUUUGUGUGCUUGUGAGAACAAAACGAGCAAUCGAUUAUCCUACUGCACCAGCCCAAAAUGUCCAUACCCAAGUCUUAUUAACAACAGUGCUGGUAACAAGGCUUAUGUAAUAAUUUUGGAGUACCGCCCCACUGACAUCGGUAGGCUACUUAAGGAGUUUGCACAUGCAACUUAGCUAAAACAAGUCUUGUGAAGUGACACGCCAUGCAUCUUAAAAUAAACUGCCAGCCUGGUGUUAAAUAGUAACGCCGAAAGUAAAUCGCAUCUGUACAUUUGAAAUUAUGACCAGAGGGAUGAUUUUCGAAAAGCUUAAAAAGUUUUACGUCGUAUUCGACUCCCGGGAAUGUGACACGCCGCCCGUGUUCAGCAAUGGAGACUUGGUGACUGGCAGGGUGGUGCUGGAGUUUACGGGUGAGAGCAAAAUAGAGUCGCUCAAGCUACGAGCACAAGGUUUUGCCAACGUGCGAUGGACCGAAUGUCGGACGGCCGGCUCCAGCAGCGCAUACACGCAGACCUACAGCGACGAGGUGGACUACCUCACCCUGAACGAGGCGCUUUUGCAGUCAGAUAACGGUGAUGUAACAGUCCUGCAAGCAGGCAGACAUGAGUUCCCCUUCAGCUUCCAGCUUCCAGAGGAGACCCUGGUCACAUCGUUUGAGGGGAAGCACGGCAGCGUGCGGUACUGGGUGGUGGUGAAGCUCCAUCGGCCCUGGUCCACGGUCCGCAAGAUCAAGAAGGAGUUCACCGUCAUCCAGCCCAUUGACAUCAACACCCCUGCCUUGCUGGCCCCGCAGGCCGGCACCAAGGACAAGAUGGCGCGGGUUUGGUACCGCAAUUUUGGCCAGGUGUCUGUGACUGCCAAGAUCGAUCGAAAGGGCUACACCCCAGGAGAGGUGAUCCCCGUUUUUGCUGAAUUUGAGAACUCCACGUCCCGCGCCGUGGUGCCCCGGGCCUGCCUGACGCAGGUCCAGACCUUCAUCGCGCGCGGCACCAGCAAGCAGAAGCGGUCGGUGGUGACGGAGCUGUGUGGCGGCGUGGUGCUGCCGCGCUCCCGGGAGUCCUGGCACGGCCACGCCCUCUCCAUCCCGCCCGUCGGGCCCUCCAUCCUGCACUGCCGCAUCAUCAGAGUGGAGUACAUCCUGCUGGUGACUGUGGACCUACCUGGGGUAUCCAAGCUGUCUCUGGAGCUGCCCCUGGUCAUGGGCACCAUCCCCCUGCACCCCUUCCGUAGCCACACCUCCAGCGUUAGCUCCCAGUACAGUCUUGACCCAGAGUGGCUACGCAUGGUCGCCCCGGACCAGCCUGAGUCUCCUCCUGACUACAGCUCCAUCGUCUCUGAGGAGGACGAGGCUGAGCAGAGAGUGGCGCCCCCUGGUGGGCAGGAGGACUUCAGCGGGGCACUGGAGCGUCCCCUCCUGGCAUUCGUCCAGGAGUUCCGCUACCGACCGCCUCCAGUGUACUGCGAGGUGGACCCCAACCCUCACCCCUUAUACAUCAGACCCCGCUGCAUGACCUGCUGAUGGCCUUCCCUUCAUCUCCAGCCAAACGGACUCAACCCCACCUGUGAUUCCGCCUUCCCCACGAUCCCCCAAGCCAGCGACAGCAGGAAAGGGGGAGGGGGGGAGAGGGAAAGGGAGAGAGAGAGAGACUGGUACAGCAUCAGGAUGUGUGAAGUCCCCGUGGGCCUUAAAGUCAUUUGAAAGCGGGCAGAAACAGACGGACUCCCCUCUUGCUGACCCACCCAGCAGGACUUGGACUGAAAAUGACAAUGUUUUGGAAUGUUCUGGAAACUUAAAAAGUGUUUUUAACUGAAAGAAUGUGAAAUGAACGUUGGGAGGACGGCUGUGGGAUCUGGAGCCUGGACUGCAGGCCUUUAGAGAGGGGGGCUGGGCGUGGAACAGCGUGCAGGCCUGUUUUGAAGCGGACGUGCCCAGGCGUGUUCCCUAGGCGAAGCAGGUGCAUGACCCGAACUGGUGCCCUUCUGCACUCCGCACACCUGCCAGGUGAGCCGGGCUCAAAGCCACGGAACACGCUCUGCAGCCGGACAUUCCUCAGAGCCAAGAGCUCACGUUUCUUUUGGCCUUUCCACAGACGUCCCAUCUGUUCUACUGUGGCCCCCCCCAUGUGAUAAAUGUUUUUUUAA